UUAUUCCCAGUGCGUCUCUCUCAUUCACAGUCACAGCUCUUCGACGAAGAAUUUUGGUCACACCGUCGACGACUUUGUUUAAGAAUCGAUUUUAUCUGUCUUCAAUCAAAUAGUGAACAGAUUCACUUCGGAAAUCUCCCUGGUCUCUUCCCCGGUUCGAUUUACUUUUUCAAGCUAGUCGUUGAUAUCGCUAAUUUCUCAGCAGAGAAUAGUGGAAAGGGGGAAUCCGAAAUGGUUGAACUUCCGGGUCAAAUAAGACGUAUGAGCGGUGGAAUUAGCCAACUGGUCGAGCAGAUUUGCGGGUUUUCAAGAAAAUGUUUAUUCCGAGUCUUAUCUAUGGGUCCUUUGCCGAUUCAUCUCGCCUUUAUCAUGGAUGGAAACCGGAGGUAUGCAAAGAAGCUUGGUCUAGAAGUUGGGUCUGGCCAUAAAGCCGGGUUUCCCGCACUUAUGUCUAUGCUACAAUACUGCUACGAGCUAGGUAUCAAGUAUGUAACGAUAUACGCAUUUAGCAUAGAUAAUUUUAACAGACGUCCUGAAGAAGUUCAGUAUCUAAUGGAGUUGAUGCUUGAAAAGAUCAAGUCUUUGCUUGAGAAAGAGAGCUUUGCGCAUGAGUACGGGAUACGUGUGUAUUUUAUUGGUAACUUGGCGCUUCUAAGUGACCAAGUGAGAGCUGCUGCAGAAGAAGUCAUGAAGGUCACAGCUAAGAAUAGUAAAGUGGUGCUUCUUGUCUGCGUUGCCUAUAACUCGACAGAUGAGAUCUUACAAGCUGUCAAGAAAUCGUGUAUGAACAAGUUAGGUGAUAGGGAUGUAGAGAGAAUACAGUUGGUGGAUAUUGAAGGGAAUAUGCAGAUGAGCGUUGCGCCGGAUCCUGAUAUACUGAUCCGGAGUUCAGGAGAGACGAGGCUGAGCAACUUUCUUCUAUGGCAAACAGGUAAUACUCAGCUCUUCUCUCCGGAUGCUCUGUGGCCUGAGAUUGGCCUGAGGCAUUUGGUCUGGGCUAUAUUGAACUUCCAGAGAAGCCAUUCAUACUUGGAGAAGAAGAAGAAACAGUUGUGAUUGUCCUCAUCUUUUCUUUUGGCUUUUUUGUUUUAAUGUGAUAUGAUGUGAUGUUCUUGUGGUAUAUUAUCAAAAGGAAACUUGGGAUUACAUAGAACAGGCAAUGUAUUUAACACACGAAUAAUGCUCGCUUGAGAUUUUUU